UGCCCGCCAUGGCGGCGCCCAGCGUGUUCCUGCUGGCCGUGAGCGGCGAGAUCGAGAGCGGGGAGUUCCCGGGAUUUGAUGACCUCUACUGCAAGUUCUGCUUUGUCUACGGCCAGGACUGGGUCCCCACUGCGGGCCUGGAGGAAGGAAUCUCGCAGAUCACUUCCAAGAGCAGCGUCUCCCCCACCACGCUGGUCUGGAACUUCCCCAUCGACAUCACCUUCAAGAGCACCAACCCUUUUGGCUGUGAGUGCUGGGAGGCACAAGAGAACCAUUGCUAUGUUUGUCCCAGAGUCCAGCUCGAGGCUGCAGCAGCUCACAAGCUGGUUCACAGGGAGGCGCCCGGAAUUCACCGACCCCAGAGUGGUGGCGCAGGGAGAAGGACGGGAAGUGACCAGGGUGCGCUCCCAGGGCUUUGUGACCAUUUCCUUCAACGUGAUGACCAAAGAUCUGCACAAGCUGGGCUACGACGUGGGUGCUGCAGAGGGGCCUGGCCCACAGGGGCUGCCCAGCUUCUGAGCUGCCAGGACCUCCUCAAAGCUCUUUGUAGGGAAAGGAGGAGCUGUUUCAACUCAAUCAUCCCAAAAAACACCAGCCCAGGAGGAUUUGGGAAAAUGACCAAGCCUGAUCCUCUCUGUAAGGUGGAAGUAUUGUGGGAAUUGAUGUUAUUGAUGGCAUUCAGUGUUUUCGGGGUCAGACUGUCUCAGAGUAAGGCCUGUAACAAAAUAUUUUUAUAGCAGCCUUUUGCACACUUUUAUAGAAUUAAUAACACUAAUUAAUGACAAUAAAGUUUCGAGCUGUAGCCGUUUCCCUGCAGUUAAAACUUUGCAAACUCAGUUUCUUUUUAGUAUUUUGGUUUUUUCUUUGGUUUUUUUUUUUUGUAUGACUGUUGCAAAUGAGGAAUUGUAAUUAUUGCACCUUCCAAAAAUGGUCCUGUCAAAUGCAUCCCCCCUCUUUUAGG